AUGAAAAUUAAAGAAAAGAGAUAAAGUAAAUACAAGAAAAAUCAAGGUUACAUAGGAAACAAAGAAAAGGAAGAAAGAUAAGGAAAUAUUACAAAGGUAAUUUAAGCUAAACAAUGCAUAGGGAGGCAUUAGAAAGAAAGGGGAAAGGAAAGAAAGGGUAAUUAAAAGGAAAAGGGAGACUAAAGAAAGAAAAGUUAGGUAAAUAGGAAUCACGGAAAGUUAAGGACGCAUAGAAUGAAAGUAAAAGAGAAGAUAAGUCAGUAAUUAGACGGUUAGCUAAUACUAAAAUAGAAAACAAAAACAAGGAACGUGAAAGUGAAAUAUAAGGUCAGCUAACAUAUUUUUUCCCUCUAGGGUCCUUCUUUUGUUUUGCACUGUUGAAGCAUGUCAACUACUGUGGUAGUCAAUGACAGCCACUUGUUCUGUUGAUUCAGAACGGUUAAGAACUUUAUUUAUUAUUACUGUAUAAGUACAACACAAAUGGGUUGUUUAUUCUAUACAGACGAUGUUAUGUCGAACUAGAGUGUCAGUCUCUGCAGGCACUUCAAACUUGUCAUCGUCUAAAGUCUGUCAAGUCUUGCUUGGUAAUCAUCUAUGCAUAAUACCACGAAUCACGAACAUACAGAUGUAGUGAAGUACUUAUAAUAAUUUCCUAUACAAAGAGAGCAUUGAAAACAAGAAGUAAAAUUUUAUCAACUAUGAAUGAUGAACCUUAACUCUUACAAUUAUAUUAAUGUUAAAUUAAUAAUUGAAUGUUGUUAGGGUCUACUAUUUUAACGUACCGUUUGUAUUUUAAUAUGAAGAGUGUACCUUGACUGGUCUCUUUUACUCUAUUUUAUUGUAUUUCAAUGUAUUUUUAUCAUAUUUAGUGUAGUUUUAUUUAUAUAGCGCUUUAUACCGGAGUCUCUAAAUCGCUCGAGGUGUGGACUAGUUCGUAUAGUAAAUUUCUUCUGCCCUGCGGGUCUCUUCAUAUCUCAGCUACGCGGUAAACCGGUACCAGCUACUCUCGUCUGUCCGCAGCAGGGGCUGAUUGGACCUGUACACCGGGGUAACCGCUACUCGUCUCGAAAGAUGUACUGGGUUCUUUAAAGUACACAUGAGCUAAAUAAUAUACCACAGUUUGAAUUUUCGCAAUCGCCGCAAGGACUGUCAAGCGACGCAAUGCGACACAGAAAGUUGCUUUCACGGACUGUGACUUUAAGUUGUCGGUUCCAAAUUUGGAUGAAGCAAAUCCCUCGCGUUGCGGUAAUUGGCGUCGAUACGUUGCGUAAAAGUCUUUGCGUUAAGCCACAUUUACUAGACACGAUUACGACACGACAACGACAUAUCAUCGCGUAAUUUUUAUUCUUCAACUCUACGCACAUCUGUAUCGUGUCAUUGUCGUGUCAUAAUCAUGUCUAGUGUAAAUGAGUUUUUAACCAGGCUUUACAAAGUGCAAAUUGUGGGAACCACUGAAAAUACGAAACUCUGCCAUCGCCAACCAUCAGACGGCUUCGCGUUGUCAAGCACUCAAAAAAUGCGAAGAUUGAUUCGUCGGUGACUCCGUGUGCGAAUGUGAAUUGUUGUGCGUAUACAGAAUAUGUGCACCAAUGAUUUUGCGGCAAUAAGUAAACAAACACACUUGUUGUAUAUUAACAGAUUACAGUCUGGUUGGAAAGCUAUCAAGGGGAAUGAGUACUGGAACCGAAACAAAACUAUCACAGUCAACAGAGAAAGUUGAAAAACAGGAGACUAUGGAGGAGUUCAUGCAAAGAUACUCGAGUAUUCACAGAAAACAGAAUGACUACACGCGGAAUAUGUGUCGUCUUCACCGAAAUGCCAUUCCUGAAAUGAAGUCCCGACCAAAACUGUUAGUGAAUGAAAAACACAAAAUGGUGUACUGCCAGACACCGAAGACUGGUACUGUCAGUUGGUGUCGUAUUAUGCUGAUCAUCUCUGGAUAUAAGAACUAUGAAGAAGUAAUGAAAAUGACUGCACCCCAAGUGAGUGCGGCAUGGAAUAAAAACACGUACCACACCUUUCUAGUUAUUCUUUGGCAAAACAGAAACACAUUAUGGCCACCUACACAAAAUUCAUGUUUGUUAGGCAUCCUUUCUCACGACUGUUGUCGGCUUACAAUGAUAAAAUCAUUCGUAAGAACGGAAGUUACGCAAGAGGCUUUGAGAGCUAUAGAAAAAAAAAUCAGGAACAACUUCAGAUGGAAUUCGAAUGCGAAAUCAGAUGAAAUUGACUUCGUAGAUUUCGUCAACUUGGUAGUUUCACAGGAAGGUUCAAAUGUUCAUUGGAACCCGAUGCAUGGGAUUUGUUAUCCAUGUGAUAUACAUUAUGACGUAAUAGGUCACUUUGAGGAUAUGGAAAACGAGACAAAAUACAUUUUAACACUUACCAAUCUUACUAAUUUGUGGUUACCAAAAUCUUCUGGAGCCCACCUUACAAAUAGUUCCAGUCAGUCAAAAUUAGAUAAAGCAUUUUCAUCUAUUCCACUCCCUCAUUUAGCUGAUUUGUAUCACAAAUAUAAGUAUGAUUUUACGCUUUUUGGUUAUGAAAUUCCAUUAGGUACAAAGAGAUAAUAAUAAUAUUUAGUUUAGCCACCGAAAAUGUAUCAGUUAUUGGCAGCCAUUGACUAUGAAAUCUAGUUGGCAUAUUACAUCUAAUGAUAUUCUUAUAUUAUAUUAUAUUAUAUUAUAUUAUAUUAUAUUAUAUUAUAUUAUAUUAUAUUAUAUUAUAUUAUAUUAUAUUAUAUUAUACUAUGUUGUAAAUACAUAUUAAUUUAGAAAAAAAUUAGCCAUUAUUUUGAAAUAUGCGAACUAAUUUAACUAUUUAAGGAGAAUGCUGCAUCGUGCAUUCCUUAGAUAUAUACUUACUAUUCAUUUCUUUUUCUUUUUCCUCUAAUUAGGCUGAGCUACUUUUUUUCAAUAUUUUCUACCAAUUUUAUUCUACGAUUUCAGUCUUUAAUUCUUAUUUUCCC